AUGAACCGCUCGAUCCGGAAGACUGCAGCUGACCUGGAUGUGUCGAUCGGGACUGCCCACACCAUCAUGACGAAGGACUUGGGUUACAAGGCGUACAAGAAACGAAAGGUUCACGGGUUAACGAAGGCUACAACGAAGAAGAGGCCGGGCAGACCCAAACUGAUACUUUCGCGGCACGCAAGUCGGGAGUUCAUGUUUUCUGAUAAGAAACUUUUUGUCUAUCAACAGCCUCACAAUGUCCAAAAUGAUCGGCUGUUAGCGCCGACAUUGACCAACAUCCCCCCAUCCCACAAGAACAUCUUGCGGUUCCAGAGCGCCUCGUUGGUGAUGGUUUGGGGGCCGUAUCUAGGCGUGGGAAGCUCCCACUGGUGUUUACCUUAA